AUGCGAAAGGAAAAGAAAAUUGCUAUAGCUAUAGUACUAUUAUGUAUUAUUUUACUUCCCGUUGGGGGAUUCUUUGCGUGGAAAUUUAUUAACCACACGAAUUUAAGAUACGUCGCACCGAAAGGAACACUUCCUUAUUUUGGUGAACAAUUGGCAAAGAAAUAUUUCCCUGGGGAAUUAGCUGGAGAUCCAUUGUAUUUAUUGGCAACAUCUCAUAAUACAUCUAAAAGUAUUCUAAAGGAUCCAAAAUUUGAGGCUUUUAGUUAUUAUCUACGGGAUCAAGUAAAGAAUGAAAGUAGUUCAAUUUUUAAUUCGGUCCAUGAUAUAGUUGGUUUCUUUCUUGUACGAGAUGUUGGUAAUGUACGUGAUACCUUUAUUGGUGGUAAACAUAAUGAGUCAAGUAUGUUACGAUUUGGAAUAGAACACAGUGGGAAAGGUAUGACUGUUAUUGACGCUAUAAAAUCUUUAGUGGAUCAAUGGUGUGAGGAACAUAAUGUACAUUUCACUCGUGAAUAUACAAAUAUCGCAUUAUUAUCUCAAGAUGCAAGUGUUGGUAUUGUAGAAGACUUGGAACGUGUGGAUGUUAUUUCUCUUCCUUUAGCAUUUCUUGUAUUAGUGUAUUGUGUGGGUUCUGUUCGAUUAUUGUUAAUACCAGCUCUUACACUUCCCUCUACAGUGGCUCUUGCGUUUAGCAUUAUGUAUCCCAUUUCCUUUGCGGUGGAAGUUUCUUCCUUUGCCCCAGAGUUGGCAUUAGGAGUUGUGGCUGCCGUAUCUGUGGAUUAUUCUCUUUUUAUUUUAACACGAUUUUGUGAACAAGUGUUGCAACAAGAACUUCUUCUUGGUUGUAGUGAAGAGACAGAGUGGGUAGUGGUAAAAAAUACGGCAGUGUUAUCUGCACAUAAUAUUCUUGUCUCUGGUCUUACAAUUGCAGUGGCUGUUGGGAGUUUAUCAUUUUUACCAAUUGAUUUUCUCUCUACAAUUGGUAUUACAAUGUCUAUUGGAGUGGUGUGCGCUGUCUUUCUGAGUCUUACUAUUCAACCAGCACUCUUAUUAACCUUUUAUGAUUUUUUUGCACAUCCACCAACAUGGACGGAGUGGUGGGAAAAAAUCUCUCAUUGUGUUUACUCUUUAUUUUCUUCUUCUUGUUGCUCUUGCUUCCCAUGCUGUCGUCAUCAACGUCGUCCAGUAAAAGAACAACAACAACAACAACGAGGAAGAGGAAGAGGAGGAGGAGGAGGAUCAUCACAUGAAGUGACAGUGAGUGAAGAAGAAAAUGAAACACACAUUCAAUAUCAUUCAUCUGAAACGCCUAAAAAUUAUACCCCUUCCGCAUCUCCUUUGGUAGAUCAUUUACCUAUUGAUCAUGAAAUAACACAAGCGGAUCUUGAAGUUGCAGAGUAUAAGCGUCAAAUAUCAUCUCCGUGGUUUCGUAUUGGUCAAUUUUCUAUUCACCAUCCAUAUAUAGCAAUUCUUUCGGUUCUUUUGUUUGGAGCUCCAUUCUUUUACUUUGUAACGGAAUUACGAGUAGACUUUAAUGUAUUCAGUGAAGUUCCACAUAAAAGUCCACAUUCUAAAGUUUUAGAACAAAUUGUAAGUAUUAUUGGUGGAGGAUCAGCCAUUCCAUUUUAUAUUAUCUUUUCCGUACGUGGAACAUAUGAUGUUUCAUUUUGGAAUACAGAUGAGAUGACAAAUUUGAUGCGUUCUGUUAUUGAAGCUAUUGUUAGACGUACUGGACAAACAUAUUCGUCUAUUACAGCACCUAAUAUGAUUGAAAACCCUAUUGAUAAAAGAGUUAUGUGGUUAGGUGCAGAUGAAUCACAAGGACUUUAUAUACUUAAUGAAGACUACCAAUAUCUUGUAAAUCGAACAGUUUAUUUGGAAGAUAAAAAAACGGCUUAUAUUAUACUUUCACCUCCAGUUGAUCCUUUUGGAUCUGGGGCAAAUAAAUAUCUUAAUACAUUGCGUGAUAUUAUUCAUGAACACGCUGCAGAAAAUGUAUUUUUUGAUUAUGGUAUUACUGGAGCAAGUAGUGCCUCUUGGUGUAUAAUGAGUAAAUCUGUAGAUUUCUUUCCGCUUCAAAUCGGUUUGAUAUUGGGUGGUAUUUUCUUAUUUAUAUUAUUUGUUUUUCGUACUGCGAUAUUACCAAUUCGUAUGAUAUUUACAGUUGUGUAUACCAUUGCUGUUUCCCUUGGUGUAGGAGUUAUUGUAUUCCAAUAUAAAUGGUUACAUCCAGUUUGGAAAGCAUUAGAGAAUGUUGAAAAUUAUGAUUUUUUAAUACCUAUUUUCUCUUUUAUGCUACUUGCUGCAUUGGCAUUGGACUAUGAUGUAUUUCUGAUGACUCGAGUCAUUGAGUUCAAAACAUUGGGUUACACCAAUGAAGCUGCCAUUGCAAAGGCGGUAUGGAAAACAGGACCCAUCAUAUCUUUUGCAGGACUUAUUAUGUUUGUAACGAUUGGAUCCAUGGUGUUUUCCUCUGUUAUCAUGCUCUCACAGUUCGCCGUGGUCUGCAGUGCCGCCGUGCUGUUGGACACUUUUGUGGUUCGGCCCUUCUUUGUGCCCGCGCUGUUGUCUGUUGUGCCCGCCUCGUGGUUGUGGUGGCCGCGUAAAUUCCCGGAACUCAACCGCGGAGUGGAGGACAUGCGGUUUGAUCCCAAUAUCGUUCGACAAGAAGAACAAAAACGAGAAGAAGAAGAAGAAGGGAGAGAGAAAGAAGAAGAAGAAGCAUCAUCACAACAACAACAAGAAGAAGAAGAAAAACAAGAGGAAGAGGGGGAGGAGAGAAAAAAGCAACAGCAGAAGAAGAGGAAGAAUGAUUUGGAAGCUGUAUGA